CAACUCAGAAGCAAAGGGCCAAGCGGGAAGGAGGAAAAAAGUGGGAUCAUCAAAGGUUCUUCUAUCUUUCACCAUAAACCACCUUGAUACUUACUUAUUAAUUAAAACAGCUUUGCAGAGUUUACGAGCCACUCGUUUUCCGAAUUCAUUUGCAAAUCAGCUUGGGUUUUUACCCAAGCACCACCGAGAAAUGUGCCUGUUUUCACUUUGGACGCAAACUCACCCAUAAUUCAGUGAUGGCGGCGUACAGCUGAGCUUGUAAAAUCUUCUUGGGACUGCUGGUGGCCGUAGUAAAAGAAUUCGUUAUUUCUUUUUCUGGUUUUCGUUACGAUUAGUUUGUCUGUGCAUUUGCAAGUGUUCUUACGUAGUGUAGCAAAGCAACUGCAAAAGGGCUACAAGUUCCGAAACAUAAUCGAUCGAGCGAGCUAUAUCUACAGCGUAGACGUUCAACAAAUUUUUUUUGUCUUGUCAAGAAGGUCAUUCGUUCGAACCAAACGAGGCCCUGCAGAUCUUGGAGUAUUUGCCAAUUUAUGGCCAAUUACAUUCAUCCUGUAAUCCGAGUAUAAUGUUUUAUACUAUUUAACUUGUGGUAGCUUCAUUUCAACUGAUGGCCGCAUUUUUCACGGCUUUGCAUUAUUGAAAAUUAUUGUUUUUUGCAUGCAUCAAUUUCGCAUGUCUCCAAAAUUCCAGACAAAUACGUUUCAAAUUCCGUAAUUUCCCAAAUCCGAGGUCUCCUUGGAAACGCUUGUAUGCAUUCUGCAUGUCAGGGCAGUGAACAGUGAAAAAGCAGAAAAACUAGAAAUAAGAAAUAUUCACGGCAUUAAAUGGUAAUGCAUGCCAGGAAACCGCAACGUUUGUUAAGCGAUGGGUAUCAUCAAUCUCAUCAGUACCAGAAUUCAAAAUAUAGUUCUUCAAAGCGGGAUUACGAACGAGAAGCUAAUUCUCGAUCGCUCACCUAUACCAGAGAUCAUGAUAGCUCACCAGUUGGAGGAUCUUUGAAUAAUGAUUCCCCAAGAGAUCGAGAUCGAGACAGAGAUCGAGAGCGCGAUCGAGAAAGGGAAAGAGAAAGGGAUCGGGAUCGAUAUUCGUCUUCGGCAUACACCUUGGGAAAAAUGCGCGAGAAGGAACGUAGCGAUCGUGAUUAUAAGAAAGAAAAAUAUUCCGAUUCACUGCGGUCACCUAAACGAAGCCGAAGCGAACGGGACUCAGAUCACAGAAAUUUUCAUGAUAGAAGGAUGAAACUUGUUACUUUGGUGGAUAAAAGAAGUACUCCUAGUGAUGAUCGCGAACGUGAACGAGAUCGCGACCGAAUCGAACGAGAUCGAGAACGGGAACGUGAUAGAGACAGACUGCGGGAUCGCGAGCGCGAUCGAAGUAGCGUAAGCAGUGGAUGCGUGCCGGCAGUCGGAGCAGCAAAUAGUAGUAAUGCUAGUGUUAGUGGUACACUUAAUAACUCGGUAGCAAGCACAUUAGUCUGCAAUAACGCUGGCGUAAGCGGAUUGACGAACACGACUUCCAAUACAGCGUGCACCAUUAACAGUAGUCAGGGAUGUGUUGGCAAUGCUUCUAGCAGUAGUGUUGUUGGAAGCAAUGAUCGAGAUCGCGUCAAUCGCGUCGGUGAUUGGAGUGAACAUGUCAGUUCGUCAGGAAAAAAGUAUUACUACAAUUGCAAAACCGAGGUUUCUCAAUGGGAAAAGCCGCGCGAAUGGAUCGAAAAAGAAAGUAGUCGAGUAUUACCAAAAGACCAGCUCCGGGAAUAUCGCGAAAAGGAAAGAGAGCGCGAAAGGGAACGCGAGGAACGGUAUACAUCUUCAGCAGUAAAUCGCUCGACCGCCUCGUCGUCUUACGGGAAACAUUCAGGCAGUAGUGGCAGUAACAAGAAUAAUUCCCGCGGUCGCUGGCAAACACAUGAAACACCAAGCACUGCGCAUAGAAGACGUUUUGAUGGGGACAAUUUGGAAGUGAAUGUUAGCCCAGGUGACUCAACACCAACUUCUGAAGCCAGUUAUUCAAACUCGAACGCACCAAUCAUAAAUCAACAGCAGCUGCUGCAGAAUGCUCAUGCAGCUAAUAAUGGCGCGGCAGUGGGUAAUGUAGGUAGCGGCAAUCGAGGCUCUUCGUUGAGUGGAAGUUCUACUUUCGUUCCGUCUUGUACACCGAUUGUUGCUAAUGAAGCCAACUCUGAUGCUCAAGGGCAAAAUUUGUCUUGCCAACUACCACGGAUGGUAGGACCAAAUACAGCAGCAAACCACACGGUAUCAACGAUUGUAACGACAUCAAAUCAUCAGCAGCAACAACAACCACUCUACAGCAUAGCAUCGUCCAACUCAUCGUCUUCAUCUUCCUCAUCAUCAGCAAAUAGUAUGUCAUCCCCCUCGCUGACUUAUUCUACACAUGGUGCCAGUUCUUCUUUAAUUUCAUCACAAGCGACUACUUCUGACUUAGGGAUGGUUUCAUCAAAUACACCUGGCCCACCGUCAGCUAUAACACAUCUCCCAACAAACCUGCAUUCGCAACAACAACAAGUAUGCAGUCUGGCACAAAAGUCACCACACCAGCAAAAUCAUCAGAAUAGUAUGGCUACAAACAUGUCUCCAUUAGGCGGUUCGAGCGGAAUGAAUGUACCUACGUCGUUGGCAGGUCUGCCAAAGAUUCUUUCGCAAAUAACCGGUAUCAAGUCCAUAGAACAUAAUGACCUCAAUCCUCAAAAAGCACUGCAGACAAUUAACAAUGCACUUAUGAUGCAGCAGCAAAAUCGUCAGUUAAUUUCAGGAACUACCACAGAUUUAACAAACGUAGUGGGUAGUUUAAGGGAGCAUGCAUUAAACUCUCCCUUGUUUAAUGUUGGUAAUCUUGCACACCCUGUACAUGCAUCGCCGUUAUCUGGGAUCCACAUUAACCACAACACCCAUGGCAUCACGGGAAAUAGUCACAUUGGCAGAGAGUCUGGUGUGAUGAACACAUGCGCUAUGCUGAGUAGCACUGGAAAUGUAACACAAACAGGGGAUGGACCGCCUACUCCAACACAGGAACUGGAAGUACCCAUAAGUGAUCAUAGAAAAUACGUAGGGCUGAAUAAUACCGGGCUUACGUCCACACCAACCAGCGCCGUUAGUAGCUUGCAAAGUGUCAUGGCAUCUUCCCAAUCUGGUAGAGCCCAAGGGCCGAAUUUAACCCCUACUUUAGCCAAAUACUUCCGGGCCGAUCUUAUAUCCCACGUCACAGGAUGGCCUUCGGAGAUUCUAGAAAAAACGAUACAAAAGCUUUCCGAAGAAGCACAUAUUUUAGGUGAUCUUCAAUGCAGCAAAGUUUCUGCUGAGUUAAAAUGUGCUAGAAGUUUAGUUAGAAUAACAGAAAUUACUGCAACACUGCAGGAACAAAAGAUAAUGUAUCUACGCCAACAAAUUCGUAGAUUGGAAGAUUCCAAAUCGGAAAACUCAUUUAUGUCAUCAGAUGAUCUAUAGCAAUAAUAUACUAUAAAAAAUAACAUAGCAUCAAAAUAUUAUAAACUAAAGAGGGCAGAGAUGUUGUAUGUUUAGACAUUUGUAAUAAAAUUAAGAAAAUAAUAAAAACCCCAUAAAUUCUUACAAUACAUAAACUUCUUAAGAACAAAAAAAGGAAAUUGUAUCAAUAUUUUUUUUGAAUACAUUAGAAAAUGCGCAAAAAUCUUAAGAAUUAUAAAAAUACUGGACAAAUGCCAUAUGUUUUAUAUGUGGUGUACAUAAAUGCAAUGUUAAAAAUGUAUACUGCUCGUAUGAUAUGAGCAAUAACAUUAAUGUAAAACAGACCAAUAAAAUGCUAUUUCAAUUGUUUACGAUACCUCUUCCUUCUAACUGGAGAGUGCAUUAUAAUCGUUUAUGUAAGCUCCGGGAAUUCUAGAUGGUUUUCAAAAGGUUACGUGUUCAUUAAUCUUGUUUAUUUGUAACAGAUAAUGUAGUUAUUCUCCUAUGAAACAUAUUAAUGUAUUUAAUUGUUAUAAUUCGUAAGUUACCUGUUCACACAGGGCAAACCAUUCGGAUCUGUUAACUUGUUAACAGACCCGCAGAUAACGUUUGGGUUUGUUGAACACUCUACAGACUCGAAUUCGUCCUUGGGGAAAUUCAGGUCUGUUAAUGUUUGAGAGACCCGAAAUUGCAAUAGAAAUUGUAACAAUCCCGAACGAUUGCCAUGUGUCGUAGGGCUGAAUCAAGUGCAAAAUAAGGAACUUAGGCUUUCCAAUUCCAUAACGGUUUGCCCGUCGU